GUGUAUAUAAAUGAAAACUUUAUAAAAGUUAUACACUUUUUAAGAAUUGUGCGUAACAAACUAUUUUAUUAAUUUAAGAAAAAACGGGCAUUUAUCUACCUAUUUAUUUAUUUAUUUAUUUAAAAGUUUACAUUGAAGCAUACACUGUGAUAUCUACGUCUGUGAUUUGCGUUUGGAACAUUUUUUUCCGUUUAAAGUGAAAAAUAACACACGGAAUUUCGCAGUAUGAGGAAAAUGUCUAUGAUUGAACUAUUUGGGACACUCUUCUUGUUGAUACAUCAAGGAAGUGGUCAGUGUCCGACGAAAUGUUUCUGUUUGGAUGGCUUUAUCACGUGUACAGGUCUGAAGUCCAUUCCGUCGGUAUUUCCCGACGAUACACGUUAUCUAACUAUCAGUGAUAUUGACGUCGAGUUUAUUCCAGCAGGAGUAUUUGAUAAACUUCCAUUGUUAGAAUCGAUUGAAAUUUAUGACGGUAAAGUUGGUACAAUUUCUACAGAUGCAUUCAGUGCUUUGUCUGAUGUUGAAUCUAUAUCUUUAAGUGAGCUAUCCAUUGAAGUAAUCGAAUCUUAUGCAUUCAACAACAUCACAGACACUGGAUCCGUAGUUUUGGAUAUCUCCACAAUAGAUGUCAUUAAACCUUAUGCGUUCUUUGACUUAUUCGCACUCGAUCAUAUCAAAAUAACUUCGAACAAUGUGAAAUCAAUUGAAUCAUUUGCAUUCAGUUCAAUUGAUGACCUUCUUGAAUUCAGCUUUCAAAGUAACUACGUGAAAACGAUGAAACCAUUUGCGUUUUCGCAGUUUUCAAAUCUAUAUGAAUUUUCCAUGUAUCUUAAUACAUUUGGCAACAUAGGAUGUGGAAGCAUAGAGGCACUGCUAGAUGAAACGAUGGAACAAGCUUUCUAUUCGAACAACUUUAACUGCACUUGUAACAUAAUCUGGGCGUUAAAUAAUCCAAGUAUGACAAAAUACCUCUUUUCCAAUACGUGCCAGCUCCCGAGGACAGACUUAAGGGUGAAGUGGGAAGACGUGUCGGUUGAAGCUCUACAAUGUAAUAAUGAAGAAAACUAUGAAUGUCCGCCAAAAAACUAUUUUGAAAUGUUAAUUCCAAAUGUCAGAGUGAUAUCAUCGCCAUUACCAACAACAACAAAAACUGGAACAAGUACGAGAUCAUUUCCUAAAACUAUGUCACAUCAAACUGCAGAUUCCAAAACUUCUCAGUAUAAAUCGACUCCAAUAUCGACAUCAACAAAAACAUCUAAAGAGGUACAGACUGAAACAAGUCGGCUUCAGCAAUCUACCACACAACGCACAUCAUUCCGGUCAUCCCAACGAGAAACUAAAACGACAACAAAAACAACAGCAAAAAUAAGCAAACCAACAACGACGGCAGGAAAGGUUACAGCAACAAGGGGCAAACAAACAACAACAAAAACAGACGUAAAUAUCAAAACCACAAAAUCAUCCGUUUACCUAUCGAGUCCCAAGAUUGUGGUUAUAGAAAUGACCACAGAUCUGAAACCUGAAAAUAAAACAAAAUCAAGAGGAGGCCAUAAUGAACCUGUUUCUGCAGUGAUAAAUGAGUCCGGAGGAAAUGGAGCAAAUUUUGUUUCUUUGUGUUGGUUUUGCAUAAUUGCUACUGUUGUCUUAACUAUACCUGUAAUAUGAGAAAAAGCUACGACGUUCUUUUUAACACUAAGAUACCGAUCGUUUUCGGUCGCAAGAAUAACAUGCUUGAGCUAAUGAAAAGUUUCUGUUUUAAAUUAUCCAAGCACAUUGACAAACAAACGAUACUGUAACAGUGAUAGUUACUUCUCAGAUUGUGCCUGGAUGUCUUCGGUUAUCAUGAUGUCAGUUGCAAAUUUCCGCUGCAAGUUGUUUUAGCCACAAACUAUGUUCAACAUCAAUUAGUUGCAUAAAUGAAUGUGAAGCAUCUUUAUUUAAGGUGUUUGGUACUGUUAAUACAAUUACGUAUAUUUCUUCAUUUCAUUAUUUAUAUGUAUUGUUAGGGGGUUAAUAAAAUAUAUUAGAUGUAAGCACAAUGAAUGAAGCUUUGUACGAGAAUUAAAUGAUACUGAAGUAAUGUUCUACUGUAUAAAUCAAUAUUGAUUAAAUGAAUUAUGUAUGUUGUAAUUUCAUUUUUCACUGUCGUAAAUAGUUGUAAGAUGUUUGAUAUUUAUUUAUUUAUUCAUAAAGUAUUGAAGUUUACAAA